AUGCAACAUGCGCAAAUUGGCAGCACCUGCCAAUACCACCGGGCGAACACCAGGAAGAUUGGGUAUGGUUCAAUUGGCGAAGAUUUCCAGGCGGCAAUCACAAACCGUGGGGAUUAUACUGGAAACGACACGGUGGCCGCCAGAAGGGUGUACAUGCAGUACACCGCGUUUCUGGAAAAUCCCAGCAAUUACGCCAGAUUUCGGGAGAGACUGCACAUCAUCCUACGCCUCACACAUAACCACAUAGUGAAGUACCAUAAAGUCGCGGUGUGCCCAACGCUGGUGGGUGCCAAUUUUGAAUUCUUGAUGGACUAUUAUCCAGGUGGCAGUUUGAAAACCAGAAUCGAGACUAUGAAAAACAGCAAAACCCUUCUGGAUCCCUCUCGAGCUGUUCAGUAUUCCAUUCAUCUCGCGGACGGCCUGUCAUUCCUCCACCAAAACAACCUUACCCACGGUGAUUUAAAGCCGGAGAACGUCCUGAUCGAGUGUGCGGGUGACGGCCGACCGGAGAAACUGCUCAUCUCGGACGUGGACGGCCUGGUGACCCUGUUGCGCGACGCCAUCAGCUCCCUGUCCCUCUGGCAUGGACGCUCGAGUGCGCGCUACCAGUCCCCGGAAAUUCUCGGGGCCUUCACGAUAGCCGCGCGGGAGGACGUCUGGUCGGCGAUUCCCGGCGCCAAGACCGAUGUGUGGAGUCUGGGCAGUAUUAUGCUGGAUCUGCUGCGCUGUAUCACCGGCGAUCACCAGGAGGUACUGCGUAAUCCGGUGACGGGAAAGGUCAUGGGCCAGGAGCGCCGGCUGGGCUCGAUGGAAUUCCAGGCGGCCGUGGUUGUCCACGGCUGUAUUCCCGUUGUUAACGCUCCCCCGCCGGUUCCCCCACAGCUCGCCGAGUGCGUACGAUGUUGCCUGCAAGUCCAUGUUAAUGAGAGGUUGUCGGCGGAGGAAUUGCUGAGAAAGCUCGAUUAUUGCGCGUUGUGA